AUGAAUGGUUUGGGCGUGGGCGGAUCCCAGAGCCCAGACCUGGUCAACGCGGCCAACGCCUUACUAUUCGCCUUCAUGACAUUGACCUGUUUCGCGGGUCCAUUCAUCACAAACGCAAUCGGCUUUCGCUGGACCCUGACUCUGGGGUCACUUGGAUAUCCAUUGUACGCAGCGGGAUUGUAUUUGAACAAUCGCACUGGCGCAACAUGGCUUGUGUAUCUCGGCUGUGUCACUUGCGGCAUCAGCGCGGGUUUCUUUUGGAGUGUUGAGGGUGCUGUCGCCACAGGAUACCCUGAGCAUCACAAGCGUGGUCGCUACAUUGCAACAUGGUUCACGUUCCGCAAUUUCGGCAACAUCAUUGGUGGUGCGGUCUCUUUAGGCAUAAACCACACCGUCGAUAAACGCGGCCAGGUUGGGUACCAGACGUAUCUCGCUUUUAUCGCCAUCCAGUGUCUUGGACUGGUCAUUGGCCCUCUCUUGUCAAAUCCUGAGAAAGUGCAAAGAGAUGAUGGAACGCGUAUCGAGGCCCCCCGUGGCAUCCACUGGCGUGAAGAGCUCAGUGCGAUGUGGCGGCUGGCAAGGAGUAAGUCGAUCUUGCUCCUUGUCCCGUUAUUCUGGUAUUUCGGGUGGAUCCAAGCAUACCCUGGCACAUAUCUCGCGACUUAUUUCACAGUCCGCGCGCGCGCGCUCGGAGGCUUCAUGUCGGCGGUUGUGGGAACGAUGGCGACUUGGUUAGGUGGCUCGUUGGUGGACCUGCCUUGGUUGAAAAAUCGGAAGCAUAGAGCGAUUGUCACGUUCAUCGUUAUUGCACUCAUGAACACUGCGACAUGGAUCUGGGCGGUUAUUAUCCAGAACGAAUACCGACACACCCAUCCGGUGUUGGACUGGGGUGAUCAACGCACCUUCGGUCGUGGGUUUGGCCUGUAUCUGUUUGAGCGCAUCAGUCUCGGCUUGGUUGAGAACUAUAUUUACUGGUGUAUCGGAAAUUUGUCGGACUCACCAGGUGAUCAAAUUCGAUACAGCUCAUUGCUUCGGGGGAUCGAAACUGCUGCCGUUGCAGUCGGAUUUGGCGUGCAGGCUGUACCGACAGCGUUGAUCGCAACGGCGAGUAUCAAUCUCGGUCUGUGGUUCAUAGCUUUACCGUUCAGUUAUUAUGCUACCCUUCAAGUCGUUCGAAAGUUCGAAUUGUUGGGGAAGAAAGAGCAGAGUCCGGAUGCAAGCGAUAGAGUGGCUGAACAGGACGUGGCUGAACGAUGA